CCAAGCCCAAUGGCGCAUGCGCAGCGCCGUUGACGCAAGCGCACAGGCGACAGCGCGGCCGAAUUCCCGGCGGCUACGGAUCCUUAGAGAACGCGGCUGGCUGCGCGGUGCCGUGUUCCCCGACGUGAGGCACAAACGUCGGACCCCUGGAGAGGCCCCUGCAGAAAGGCACGGAGGUCACCUAAGCUACAGCAGGGCGUGGGCUGUGAGCCACCAGAGUUGCCAUCAGAAACCUGGAUGUGAAGAGGGUAGGACUUGCGGCAGUGGAGUCCUUGUUUCUGCACCAGAAGCAUCAGGCCCAUGCUGCUGCUGACUCGGACACCUGAGGCCUGGCACAGGCUCUCUCAGCUCAAGGCCACAGCCCUCCCUGGGAUUCUGGGAGGCAAGGCCCUACAUGUGAGGUGCCGGCUCUGGUCAAGGCAGGGCUCUGCGGAGACUGGCAGGCAGGGCCAGCCCCAGGGCCCUGGGCUGCAAACUAGGCUGCUAAUCACAGCUUUGUUUGGGGCUGGCCUGGGUGGGGCCUGGCUGGCUCUGAGGGCUGAGAAGGAACAGUGGCGGCUGCAACGUCGGACAGAAGCCCUGCGCCAGGCCUCUGUGGGCCAGGGUGACUUCAGCCUGACGGAUCACCGGGGCCAGGCUCGCUGCAAAGCUGACUUCCAGGGCCAGUGGGUGCUGAUGUACUUUGGCUUCACGCACUGCCCUGACAUCUGCCCUGACGAGCUGGAGAAGCUGGUGCAGGUGGUGCAGCAGCUGGAGGCCGAGCCGGGCCUGCCCCCAGUGCAGCCCAUCUUCAUCACCGUGGACCCCGAGCGGGACAAUGUUACAGCCAUGGCCCGCUAUGUGCAGGAUUUCCACCCACGGCUGCUAGGCUUGACCGGCUCUGCUGAGCAGGUCGCCCAGGUGAGCCGCAGCUACCGUGUGUACUACAGCGCCGGCCCCAAGGACGAGGACCAGGAUUACAUCGUGGACCACUCCAUUGCCAUCUACCUGCUCAGCCCUGAUGGCCUCUUCACAGACUACUACGGCCGGGCCCGGUCUGCCAAGCAGAUCACAGACAGCGUGCGGGGCCACAUGGCUGCCUUCCGCAGUGUCCUGCACUGACCAUUAAAGCCGAUUUGAAGAGC